AGCUCAAGAAACAGGGAAAGGAGAGAAACAAGAUGAUUAAAGGAGCAGAGGAGGAGGAGAAGAGAAAGAAACUAUCUACAAAGCUCAAGAAGCAGGGAAAGGAGAGAAACAAGAUGAUUAAAGGAGCAGAGGAGGAGGAGAAGAGAAAGAAACUAUCUACAAAGCUCAAGAAGCAGGGAAAGGAGAGAAACAAGAUGAUUAAAGGAGCAGAGGAGGAGGAGAAGAGAAAGAAACUAUCUACAAAGCUCAAGAAACAGGGAAAGGAGAGAAACAAGAUGAUUAAAGGAGCAGAGGAGGAGGAGAAGAGAAAGAAACUAUCUACAAAGCUCAAGAAACAGGGAAAGGAGAGAAACAAGAUGAUUAAAGGAGCAGAGGAGGAGGAGAAGAGAAAGAAACUAUCUACAAAGCUCAAGAAACAGGGAAAGGAGAGAAACAAGAUGAUUAAAGGAGCAGAGGAGGAGGAGAAGAGAAAGAAACUAUCUACAAAGCUCAAGAAGCAGGGAAAGGAGAGAAACAAGAUGAUUAAAAGAGCAGAGGAGGAGGAGAAGAGAAAGAAACAAAGCAUUCAAGGGCAAGACAGAAGAGAGAGAGAAGGAAAAUAAAAGCAAAGGUAGAAAAUGGUAACUUUUACAUUGUUAUGUAAUUUUUUUCUGUAUCUCCAUAUUUAACCAUUUUGUCUUAUGUUUUAUUGCUUCCUUUAGUGAAAGCAGACCAACUAAGGCAGGAGAUAGAGGUGUUUCAAUAGAGAAAAUGAGAAAGAAGAGAAUAGAUGCAGUUCCAGAGAUUCUUCACAUCAGUUCCAUCCAAGACUGGACCAGUGAAGAAGUUAUUCAUUCUUUUUGUAGUGAUCCUCUGGUGUCUGCAGCUGGUCUCCUCUGCUGGUGUCGUCAGGAUCAGGAGCUUCCAGAAGAAUGUGCCUUUCAAUGACUCUUUCCCCCUUAUUUGUUAUAUUAAUUAAAUAAAUCUCAAUUAAUAUA